CGAAACAGGGGAGGACGCACCUAUUCCGGCAGCACAAUGCCGAGAAGGGCAGCCUGGUCCUGGACCACCAGCGGGAUGCUGACAGUUUGGGGCAGCGGUCGAGGGCCACAAUGGCUCCCCACGAAACACAAAACCAGGAAUGGUGGAUGCGGAACAGCCAGAACAACCGUGGGUUGAAGCAGAUUGACAAGGAUUACAGACAGGAGCUUGCAAAAUCUUCCCAGAUCUGCAGCCCAGCCUCGGUGUUGCCAUGGAGAAGAGGUGCGUUCCAGCUCCAGUGGAAGACAGUGGGCUGGGAGAACAGGGAAGGACAGGCCACUCCCAGCCUGCAGUCAACAAGGGUGAUCCUGUGCCCCCACGCUGCCCACCUCUCAGUGGCAGAAGCGGAGAAGUGCAUUUGUGUGAUAUUCCCUCAUGGAGGAGGUGUGGAGGUGCUGUGCACCGUGGAGAUCAGACGUGGGAGGCGCGGAGCAGGAGGACCAGGAGGAAAAGAAAAGGAUUUUCUGCAUAACCACCUUCGCAGAACGGAUUAGGUUCUCCAAGGCAGGAAAAACAAAGGUCCCUCUGAUGGAGGAGCUCAAGAUGGAGGAACAAGAGUCCAACUUUGCUGGCCUUAGGACAAGAGCUGGAGGAUGUGCCCCCACCAAUCACAGAGAGAAGGGCUGAGAAGCUCCCCUGCUGACUUAAGAGAGUGAGGAGAUUACAGUCGAGCUCAGAGCACGCGCACAGCACACAAGGACACAGGAGCAGGAGCCAUGAGCAGGGCUCUCGCGGACCACAUCAGCAGUAGCUUCAGAGAAGAUGCCCCUCGUCCACCGGUCCCGGGGGAAGAGGGAGAGGCGACAUGCCACAAUCCCAGCAAAUUUGCCAUGAUGCGACCCCAGAAUAAGACUAAAUCAGUUGCCGUGGCUACUCCCGGGUCCACACCGAGGAGAAACGAGGACGGACUAGGGGAACCAGAGGGCAGCGCUUCCCCGGACUCGCCGCUUGCUCGGUGGACCAAGUCGUUGCAUUCUCUUCUGGGGGACCAAGACGGUGCUCACCUUUUUCGUACAUUUCUGGAGCGGGAGAAAUGCGUGGACACUUUAGACUUCUGGUUCGCCUGCAAUGGCUUCAGGCAGAUGGACCUCAAGGAUACCAAAACGUUGCGAGUUGCCAAAGCUAUUUACAAACGGUAUAUCGAGAACAACAGCAUUGUUGCCAAACAGCUGAAGCCUGCGACUAAAACCUACAUACGGGAUAGUAUUAAGAAGCAACAGAUAGACUCGGCGAUGUUUGAUCAAGCGCAAACCGAGAUCCAGUCAACAAUGGAGGAAAAUUCUUACCAGAUGUUCUUAACUUCUGAUAUAUACCUCGAAUACGUCCGCACGGGGUGUGAAAACCCUGCUUAUGUGCACCAUAACGGGCUUGGGAGUCUCAAAUUGAUGUGUGGGUACCUGCCCACGUUGAACGAGGAAGAAGAGUGGAAUUGCAGUGACUUAAAGGCUAAAGCCUUGGCUUCGGUUGUUGGGCUAUCUGCUAAAGCACUUCGGGCUACUGCUUCCAUAAGAACGGCAGAGGUGCUGGAGAAUGGAUACAGGUCCCACAGACUUGGAGAUCCUGCAAAUCCUUAUCAUGUGAACUCUGGGUACGUGUUCGCCCCUGCCACCAGUGCCAACGACAGUGAAAUCUCCAGCGACGCCAUGACGGAUGACUCCAUGUCUAUGACGGACAGUAGCGUAGAUGGAAUCCCACCCUACAAGCUCGGGACCAAGAAACAGCAACAGCGGGAGAUGCAUCGGAGCGUCAAGAUGAACGGCCAGGUGCCCCUUCCCCAUUUCCCCAGGACGCACCGGCUGCCCAAGGAGAUGACCCCCGUGAAGCCCGCCACCUUCGCCGCUGACCUCAUCGCCCGGCUGGAGAAGCUGAAGAGGGAGCGCGAGACCAUGAGCUCUCUGGAGGAGCGGCUGCAGCAGAUCCAGGAGGAGGAGGAGAGGGACGAGGGGGAGGUGCCAGGCAGUGCCCACCACCCCUCUCACCCCCUGGGCCUGCUGCCCUCGGGCUCCCUGGAGGAGGACCCCCAGGCCAUCCUGGACGAACACCUCUCCAGGGUGCUGAAGACCCCCGGCUGCCAGUCCCCCGGGGUGGUCCGCCACUCGCCCCGGUCGCGCUCCCCGGACCAGCAUCCCGUCCUCACCAAGCCCGUCCCCGGCCCCGUCCUGGCCCCCUACCCCCUGGGCUGCGGGGCGGGGAAGGCCUUCCUGUCCAAACAGUCCACCAAGCACAUCCACCACCACUACAUCCACCACCACGCCACGCCCAAGAGCAAGGAGCAGGUGGAGGUGGAGGCGGCCCAGCGCGUGCAGUGCCUGUGCCCCGGGACCGCAGACUACUCCUCCUACCACAAGUGCCGCAGCCACGGCAAGGAGCAGUGUGGGAGCCCGGCCGAGUUCACCCUGGGGCGUCCGACUGCUUUGUCCAAACGGCCGAGCAAGGCCAGCGAGGGGGUGGGCCAGCUGAACGGCGAGGGUGGAGGGGUCACCAGCACCUCCCCACAGCUUCCGUCGGAUGGUACGGACCGCUCGCAGAACGUGUGGCAGUGGAUCCUGGAGAGCGAGAGGCAGAACAAACACAAACCGCACAGCACUCAAGGUAUCAAGAAGCCCUACGCCCCGGACUCCUCCUCCAAGACGCUACCCAGCCGGACGCACGCGUGGGGGGUAGGGGGCGGGAGCCACGCCCGCACGCACCAUCCCGCCCACCCCUUCAUCCAGGACCCCGCCAUGCCCCCCCUGCCCCCGCCCAACACCCUGGCUCAGCUGGAGGAGGCCUGUCGGAGACUGGAGGAGGUGUCCAAACCCCCCAAGCAGAGGCAUUCAACAUCGAGCCUUCAAAGAGACAGGAGUCAUCCUGCCGCUUUCCAGAGUGGGAACGCACCUCUGUCGAGUCCCGGGCUUCAAACAGACGAGUCCAAAGAGCCAAAGAAACAGGCUGGUGGUCACGGCACUCUGGGCUCUGAGCUGGUGGUCACGUACUUCUUCUGCGGAGAGGACAUCCCCUAUCGCAGGAUGAUGAAGACCCACAGCCUCACACUCGGCCACUUCAAAGAACAGCUCCGCAAGAAGGGCAGUUACAGGUACUACUUCAAGAAGGCCAGCGACGAGUUUGAGUGCGGGGCCGUGUUCGAGGAGGUGUGGGACGACGGCUCCGUCCUGCCCAUGUACGAGGGCAAGGUCCUGGGCAAGGUGGAGAGGAUGGACUGAGGGAGACAUCCCAAACUCAGCAUCACGCAGGGAGAGAGUGACUCUGGAAGAUGCCUCCA